AACUAUUUAAAAGAAUAUUUCCCCAAAAAUGUAACCUUGAUAAAUUUAACUGGCGACAAAAGAAACGCAUAGCAUAAGGCGGUUGACUCAGGUAAGCAGCGUUGCAACGCUGGUUUCUUUGGAAGAUCAGCGACAACACAAAGCUCAACGCAGGAAACUCGCAAUUCUUUAGAUCUUAUGGAAGAAAGGAAGCAAUCGCGUUACGUGAAGCUCACUAAAGAUCAGUCCCCCCUCGAAGAUAUCACUCCUGGCGAACUCAAUCAGCCAAUUGAGGUUCCUCAGUUGGCUGCGCGCAAGUGCCCUGAAUGUAGACAGCCACUGCCUGAAAGCUAUGCACCUCCUUCAGAUGAACCUUGGAUGACUGGGAUCUUUGGAUGUGCAGAAGACAGAGAAAGUUGCUUGACUGGACUGUUUUGUCCUUGUGUAUUAUUUGGGCGCAAUGUAGAAAGUUUGAGGGAAGACACUCCUUGGACUGGGCCAUGCAUUUGUCAUGCCAUUUGUAUUGAAGGUGGCAUUUCUCUGGCAAUAGCAACUGUAGCUGCAACUUCCAUCUUUCCUGGUAUUGACCCAGGGACUGUAUGUCUCAUUUUUGAGGGUUUAUUUUUCACAUGGUGGAUGUGUGGCAUUCACACUGGUCAAGUGCGGCAAUCCUUACAGAAGAAAUAUCACUUGAAGAAUUCACCGUGUAAUGCAUGUUGUGUUCACUGCUGCUUGCACUGGUGUGCCUUGUGUCAAGAACACCGGGAGAUGAAGGGACGGCUCUCAGACAAUCUUUUUUCAGAAAUGACCGUUGUAAACCCUCCACCCACUCAGGAGAUGAAGUCUACCGAUGAAAAGGAAAUUCCUGAAACUCCUGAAACAUCCUCAACUAACAACAACGAGCAUACUGACUUGGAGAUUCAGGCUAUAUAAGAAGGCAUAGCAUUGUUAAUAGUGGGAACUGAAACUUUAUUAAAUUUUUGGAUAGAGAAAUUUCUCUUUUGACCUCUGACAGUUUGGCUUGAGUUCUUUCUUCCUGUUUCAUCAGACGUGUCACAAGGAGGUGUAUCACAUAUAGAUGACUCUUGUCGGCUUUAGAGAGCCAAAUUUUACCGAAUCCCUUAUUUUUGAAUUUGUUUUCCUGCUUCACCCU